AUGUUCUUCAUCAAAGACCUUGCGUUGAAUCUCACACUUCAUCCUUCGUACUUUGGACCCAAUAUGAAGCAGUAUCUUCGACAGAAGUUACUGACUGAUGUUGAAGGUACGUGUACAGGUCAGUUCGGAUACAUUGUGUGCGUUCUAGAUUGCAUGAAUAUAGACGUAGGAAAGGGAAAGUUACUCACAGGAGAUACUGGUUACUCAGAAUUCGAGGUUAAGUAUAGAGCAGUAGUUUGGAAGCCUUUCAAGGGAGAAGUGGUGGAUGCCGUGGUGUCAUCUGUCAAUAGUAUGGGAUUCUUUGCCGAUGUGGGACCGUUAUCAGUAUUUAUUUCAAAACACUUGAUUCCUAACGACAUGAAAUAUACACCUUCCCAUACUCCUCCUGCUUAUAUAAGUGAAGAUCAGGUGAUUAUGAAAGGUGCCAAGGUGAGAAUAAAGAUCAUUGGUACUAGAGCAGAUGUCAAUAGUAUCAGUGCUAUUGGAAGUAUCAAGGAGGAUUAUUUAGGACCAUUGUGA